CAUGGCCGUUGCAUGGACAAAUUAGCCUCGUUAGUAAGGGGAAGAUUUAAAAGCGUAGCAAUAAAAUGGCAGCCAAGAUUAGUGACAAAGAAAUAACCAAACAUGACAGUGGUGUAGUAACAACGACCGAAUACUGCAAGCGAUUGCAAGAAUGGAUGUGGCGGUAUUACUGUGGCUAUGCGAGCUGGCAGAGCUGGGUGUUUAUGUCCGCGCCGUUGUUUCCUCCGUACGCGCCGCCGCAGUCCGGCUGCCAGACAUCUCCAUAUGCCGCGACGCCUGCUGAUAUCGCAGCCUGGUAUAAACAGAUCAGCAGCACACCGUCCUCCAGUCCAGCUGCCAGCACAGGUCAAACAGCGCAGCCGGCUGCUGAGGAGAGAGGGCCAGCCGCCGCAGCAGCACAGCCUGCAGGUAGAGAGUACACAAUUCCCUCUCCUCUACGAAGAUUUUUGGCUGAAACAGUGGAUUUCUUCAUUCUCUUUUGUUUUAAGGCAACCAUAGUCCUGUGGAUCAUGCAUCUAAGUGGAAUGAAAGAUAUUUCCAAGUUCAUGAUGCAGUUUAUAGUGGAGGAGAUUGAUGAGAACACAUCGCUGGAGGACUUACAGAAGAUGAUGGCAGUAGCUUUAGCAUACAGAAUGCUAGUUUGUGUCUAUGAAAUCAUCUGUAUUUGGGGAGCUGGAGGUGCAACUCCAGGAAAGUUCCUGCUGGGUCUUCGAGUUGUCACUUGUGACUCAACAGUCCUGGUGCAGCCCAAUCGUGUUCUGGUGGUACCAGCAUCCAAUGUCAGCUUAUCUGCCUCCACAGUGCGGGCCUUGAACAAAAACUUCUCCAUCGCCUUCCUGUUUCCUGUAUUUAUCACGCUACUCUUUUUCCAGCACAACAGAACUGUUUAUGAUGUUGUAGCUGGAACCAUCGUGGUUAGGCGGAGAAGAGCAAGAUGACCCGUCUUUGUGUGUCAGAGUAAAUCUCUCCGACUAGCAUUAUUAAAGUGAUAAAAAAAACAGGAGGCUGUUCACCAUUAAACAGUAACAGAUGUUCACAGUAUUUUAUUUUCAUGUGUUAGAAUGGUACAUUCUGUACUGAAGAUUUGCAUAAGUUAUAGUGGCAUAAUGCUUUUGUGAUCAUAUGGCUACAGUAUUAUUUACAGCAGUGUGAAAAUUUAGGAAACUUAGGGGCCGUUCAGACUGAACGCAUUGUUGCACUAAAAAAAAGCUUGGACAGAGCAUAACUAAAAGAACAACGCAGGAUGCAUAUUUAAAAAUGGAAGUUCUUUUAUUUUAUAUGGCAAUUAAAAACUGCAGCGCUUCUGCGUGAAAUAGUGCCUAAGCGGGGUGUUUACACCGAAUGCAUUUUUGCAUCCAUCGGCACUGUAUGUUAAUUGUUUCUUUUGUGUGUGUAAAUGUGCUAAAAGGAUAUUUGACCAUUGUGCAAUGCAUCACUGUUUUUCAGCAUCUCGCGCAUCAGCGCUGCAUUUUUUAGAAACCUUGUACGUUAAAAAGAAUGUCUACUUAUAUGCAUGUCGAGACACCUGCAUUAUGUUCUAUCUGUUGCGCUGCUUCUGUCUUUUUUACGAUCAAUAAUGCAUUGGGUUUGAUCGGCCCCUUAAUGUCUUGACAAUGAAUAAUGUUGAAAUUUACGUUUCAUGUUGACAUGCUUGGAAUUUUCAUCUGAGUGGAAUAUCUAACUUCACAUACCAGCCUAAUCCGCAAGUUUUUCAUAAGUUUUCACAAUCAAGGUUUAUAUCCCAGACACAUCUGUUAUUAAUCUCAGCAGUACGGAAUGUUCCACUCCUGUUGUCAAUUCAGUCAGAGGCUGGUAUGCCAUAUGCAUCACUACAUUUCUCAGGGUUUCUUAAAAACAUGUUUUUUGCAUCAAAUUGAUAUUUGAAUAGUUCACCGAAAAAUUACAAUUCUCUCAUUUACUCAACCUUAUGCCAUUCCAGAUGUGCAUGACUUUCUGUAUUCUGCAGAACACAAACAUUUCUUAGCUCUCUAGGUCCACACAAUGGAAGUGAAUGGUGAGCAAAACUUUGAAGCUCAAAAAAGCACAUUAAGUCAGCAUAAACUAAUCCGUACAACUGCAAUUCAGAAUUUUUCUGAAUUCAUCCAAUUGGUUUUGAUUGAGAAUAUACCAAAAUAUAUAACUUUUUUUUUCCCAAAGCACCUCAUCCCAUUGCUGUCUUUAGGCACAAUCGUGAUUUCAAGAUUGAUUACACUUCCUAGUGCUUGAUGCAUAUGCAGAGAAUAGAUGGUGCAAGGAAGUAUAAUCAAGCUUGAAAUUAUGAUCGCUAAGGAGACUGCUGAUGUAAAGAUUUACAGUGUAAAAGGAGUUAUAUUUUGGUAUUUUUCUCAUUCAAAACCAAUUGGGUCACUUUGGAAGACGUUGAUUCAACCUUUGGAGCCAAAUGGAUUAGUGCUAUGAAUCUUUGUGUUCUACAGAAGACAAGAAGUCAUACACAUCUGGGAUGGCAUGAGGGCGAGUAAGUGAUGACAUUUGUGAUUUUAAUUUUUAGGUGAACUAACCCUUUAAGUAUUACAUUUUGAAAUUCACACAUCAGUUGUUUUUCUUUUUUUCCCCAUUGAUGCUCAUAAAGAUACACACACAUAUAUAUAUAUAUAU